AUGGCAACUACUCCUCAACUCUCUGUGCCCGAUCAGAUACGACAGCUUCAAGAUGCGCGCAAGCUUGUCUUGAGUGACGUGAGCUAUUACCCACAAGUCAUCCAAGCGACCUUGCCCAUCAUAGGCCCGUCAGCACAGGUUGAGUUUCGACGAUGGGGUGCCGAAUUUCUCUCAGAAGCCUUUGCGACACCAGCAGUUCCGCUUGGUCAAAAAGAGACGCUGUCGCUACUUGUGUUGGAGACGCUGAAGCUCCUGGUGGAGGAUCCAAAUCAGGACGUUGUGGUCUUGCGCAGCGUUAUUCAGACAGCAGCUAGUGUAUACCCGCUAGCUCUGAGGUGGAUAAUCAACAAUGCCUACGACACUACGACAUGGGAUCGCAUGACGGUGAUCAAGACGAGGAUCUUGCGAAUUUGGGAGACAGCCCCUCCAACGGUGCGAAUAUGCUGCAUCAAGUUCGCCCAGCGAGUGGUGCUCGCCCAAACACCAAGUGUUAACCCCGAACCAAGACGUGGCGAUCCCCUCGACAUUUCCCUUCUCAUGAUACCACCGAACCACACUGUCCUCGAGGUCCCCAGUCUAGAGGCCGAAGCAUCGGGGCUUCUUGACAGGAUGCUGGGAGUGUUGCAGGACAACAGCAGUGAUGCUCUGAUUGUUGAUGCCACUCUUAAUACUCUGUCCAUCCUCAUCCGGGCAAGGCCCGGUACUUCUAACAGGAUACUCAAUGCCAUCCUCAACUUCAACCCUUUGAAGCUCGCUAGUGGUCCCAUGACUCCAAAAAUUAAGGUCAUAGUGAGAUCCAUGGAGAAAACCACGCGCAUGCUUUUGACGCAUCUGUCAAGACGUGACUCGCGUAACCCACAUGUUGGUCGCAUACACCAGUAUCUCGAGCGCCUUAUGCAGGCGCGGGCAGAGGUAUUUGAUGGCGCAAGUCGAAAACGUGCGCACGUGGAGCAGGAUGGUCUGGAUGCCAAGCGACAACGAAUGGCCGCAUUGCCGCAAGAGUUCCAGAUACCGCCCAUGGCAGCCGGUCCUCAUUCGCUAGCUGAUGUUUUCUCCUUGACUUCAAAUGAGGGUCUGAAGACCUUCGAUGUCUCUGUGGUGCCCGCAGCCUUGGCUGCAAAGAUCAGCGUGACAACCAUCGCCCGUAUAGACCCGAAACUUCUUGAUCGGGUUCUAAAUGGCGUACGUGACCGCUUGACGGCUCUUUAUCAAGUGGCUCAACAAGCUGAUAACCCGGAGACCGCUUCGCUGGACGUUGAAGAUGAUGAUGACUACGAACCUGACUACUACGCGGCUGAGGACAACGAACAAAUUCUCAACAAGCUGGAUUCAUCCGAGCCAUCGUCGUCCAAUCGGGAACUGCAAAAACCGGCCGUAUUAAGCAAUUUUGCCUUGCCUACAUUCAAGCUUCCUCCGCCACCCGCCCUGAAUCCGGAUCAGGCUGCUGUGGUAGGACAAGGUACUGUCACCCGUGUGUUUGGUGUAAUGAGUACACUCGAUGAGCCAGCGUCGAAAAAGACCAAGGCCGGCAUCAAUAGACUUGCUGCCAGCUCUUACGAUAAAGACUCAUGGCUUACCAUCAUCACACGCCUUGCAACGCGCGCUCCUGCGGGACUUAAUGACGUGUCCGUCAAGGACGAACAUAACUCUGCCUCGGCGAGCCGUAUCAAUAUGAGCAACUCAAUACGCGAGUCUCUCUAUGCAUACGUUCUCGACGAUUUCAGGAAACGCAUCGAUAUUGCAGUCUCCUGGCUCAACGAGGAAUGGUAUAACGACCGCGUGCAACAAAUAGCCGCCUCCGAUUCCGCUCGUGAUGUACCACUCCAUUAUGACAAGUGGGCGCUUCGCAUGCUGGAUGGGUUCUUGCCGUAUCUGCAUGCGCAGGAUCGAGUUCUCACACGCUUUCUAAGUGAGAUUCCUGAUCUAAACGCGGCCAUCUUGGGCCGAGUCAAGACUUUAUGUCGUGAUCCUACCUUGGUCUCCUUGGCUCUGAACAGUCUUCUCUACCUCGUCAUGAUGCGCCCGCCCGUACGCAACCUUGCGCUCGAUGCCGUGCAGGAUAUCUGGAAAGAAUAUGACGAGGCAAGGCCCAUGGCAGGCAAAUAUCUCACCAAAUGGCGCCCGGGCUUCCUAGAGGCUCAACAACAGUUGGAGAACGGGGGUGGGACACCGACGGGGCCUCAGACUGUCGCAGCUGUGUAG